CAGCCUCGAACGCAACUGUAGUAGUCAAACACUGAAGAGGACAGAAGCUCAUGCAUGCAGGCUUAUGCAACUGAAGACGUUUUACAUUUGUUAAUCAAAGUCAGCAUGGACGCGGCCGUGUUGAAGAUACUCCUGCUCACAGGUUUCGGCGUCCACUCCUCUUCAAAUCCAUACGUCUUCUACUUGAUCCAAGAGAAUAAAACUUGGGAUGAAGCCCAACUCCACUGCGACUCACACUACAUUACAAUUGCUCAAAUACAGAACACCGAAGAAGCCAGUGUCAUUGAGAACAUCACAACUGGGGGGUACACGAGCAAGGCCUGGAUAGGACUGUAUUCAUAUGGCUCAGAAUGGACCUUGGUUGACCAAAAUCCAGCAACAUAUUUUCAUUGGAGAAAUAGUCAACGAGAAGAGUUCUGUGCGGCUACGGGCGAUGACGGAUUCUGGUCAACUGCUAGCUGCUCAGAUCUGAAGGCAUAUGUUUGUCAUGAUGGGGGUGCAGAGUACUAUGUUAUUCAGAAUCAAAAGACUUGGAAUGACGCCAAAACUGCCUGUGAAGCCAGAGGGGACACUCUGGUCUCUAUCGGUAAUGAAAGCAUAAACUCUGAUGUCAAGAGCUUGACCUUACCAGUAGAUGGAGCGUGGAUCGGCCUCUCAAAACGAAAACUCUGGUAUUGGUGGAGUCCCGGAGAAAACAACUACUUCACGAACUGGGAGAGUGGACAACCUGACAACCUGAACGGGAUGGACAGUUGUGCAGCCGUAAUGUUGACAAAUGGAAGAUGGACAGAAGAGCAUUGCGACACCAAAUACCCUUUCUUCUGCAUCGGAGGUGUGAAUCAGGCAAACAUUUCCCCCGAUGAAAGCUUUCUGUUAGAAGACAGACGAGACAUAGAAUUUUACCAAGGACGGAAAACCGUGGUGAGGAUGAAGUUCGCGUCCAGCACAAACAUGGAAGAUCCAGCCUACAGUGCCAACCUGCUGCAGCAGUUGAGUGCAGCACUUGCUAAGCAGGGUGUGACUGACUUCAAACUGACCUGGAAAAAACCUCCAGUGAAGACACAAGUGAGCAGUGAAAGCAGUACAAGAUGCUUGAUGAAUCUGUGAGAGCAACUCCCAGAAAGAUGCACGACAGCACAGGUCAUGCAAUGAAGUAACGCUCCAGUUACUCUGGAAACCAAAAAUACAUUAACGUUUGUGCCUUUUAAGUUAAAGACUGGUAUCAUCGCAGCUUAGCCUCGCCUUAUAAAUGUUAUAUUUUCUGUGUGUCAGCUUUCACACUGAAUAAAUGCUGAUUUUAGUUGUAAAUUAAUUUCCA